GCUCCUGAACACAUCUCCACAGAGAGCUGCUGCGCACUGAGGCUGCAGGAUGCGCGUCUUUACGCUCCUCUUCACACUCGGGUUCCUGCUGAAGGAAGCGCGGGCAUGGGGCUUCAAAAACGGAGUAUUUCAUAACUCAAUAUGGCUGGAACAAGCAGCUGGAGUUUACCACCGGGAAUCGCGCAAAGGGAGGUACCAGCUGACAUAUAAAGAGGCCAAGGCUGUCUGCAAAUACGAGGGAGGGAAGCUGGCCACUUAUGAACAGCUGGAGGCAGCUCGUCAAAUAGGUUUCCAUGUGUGUGCAGCUGGAUGGUUUGACAAAGGACGUGUUGGUUACCCCAUUGUCAAAGCUGGCGCCAACUGUGGUUUUGGAAAGGUUGGCAUCAUUGACUACGGAUACAGGCUGAACAAAAGUGAGAAAUGGGAUGUGUACUGCUACAACCCAAACUCCAAGGAGUGUGGUGGAGUUCUGACAGAUCAGCAGAGGAUCAUUCAGUCUCCUGGCUUCCCUGAGGAGUAUCAGGAUGAACAGAUCUGCUACUGGCACAUCCGUGUGCGCCUGGGCCAGAGGAUCCGCCUCCACUUCUUGGAGUUUGAUGUGGAGGAUGACACAGCGUGUUUAGCAGAUUUCUUGGAAGUGUACGACAGCUACGAUGACGUCUCAGGCUUUGCUGGGAGGUUCUGUGGUGAUUAUUUACCUGAUGAUAUCAUCAGUACAGGAAACGUGAUGACCCUUAAGUUCCUCUCGGAUGCUUCAGUGACAGCUGGGGGCUUCCAGUUACAAUAUAGUACCUUCAAUGCGUCUCUUUCUUCACAGAAUUACACCCACUAUUUUCACUGACCAAUGGUUGAAUACACUGAUGUAAUCCUCUUACUGUUUUUAUGAUGUUAUUGGUUAGCUUGUGUAAUUAAUAUGUCUUUAUAGCUGAUUAAAUAAGUAAUUCAAGUCAAAUA